AUGGAUCUACCUACCGAGCAAGCACAUGACACCAUGCCUGUGUUGGCGGAUGAUUCCCGACAUGCGUAUUUUAUGAAGCAGGCUUUGUCGAUGGGUGAAAAGGCGCUGCUCGCCGGAGAGACACCUGUUGGAUGUGUUGUGGUCCACAACGACCAGAUUGUGGGGUAUGGAAUGAAUGAUACGAAUCGGUCCAUGAAUGGAACCCGCCAUGCCGAAUUUCUUGCCAUCGCAGAGGUGCUCCAAACCUAUCCCAGGUCGGCUAUCAGUUCCAUGGAUCUUUACGUCACAGUUGAGCCAUGCGUGAUGUGUGCCUCGGCCCUCAAGCAGUAUCGCAUCCGCAGUGUAUACUACGGCUGUGGCAAUGACCGGUUCGGAGGCACUGGUAGUGUUCUAUCUCUCCAUUCUGAUGCCGCUAUCGAUCCCGCAUUUCCAGUUUACAGUGGGCUUUUUGAACACGAAGCUAUCAUGCUACUUCGACGAUUUUACAUCCAAGAAAAUGAGAAAGCUCCCAAACCUCGACCAAAGAAGAACCGUGAGCUGAAUACCAAGUUUGGUAAUGAGAAUGGUGAGGAAAAUCAGACGUCGACUUCGUAG